CUUUCUUUAAUGAAAAAUGCUACUUUAAUUACUACUUUUCAAACCACAAUAAGGAGACUUACAUCUCCUCUUUGCUUUAACUUUCGUUGUACUCAUUUUUUCUUUCUGCUUAGAUAACCAUGGCCGUGGGAGAAGCUGUUCUCUCUGCGUUCCUUCAAGUGCUGUUUGACAGAUUGGCUUCACGCGAGUUCGUAGGCCUGCUACAAAGCCGGAAGUAUGAUGACUUGUUGGAGAAAUUGAAGAUCACACUGCUGACAGUUACAGCACUGCUUAACGAUGCUGAGGAGAAGCAGUUUCGUAGCCCUGCGGUGGAGAAGUGGCUGCAUAUGGCUAAAGAGGCUCUUUAUGAUGCAGAGGACAUAUUGGAUGAGCUUACUUCCGAAGCUCUGAGAUGUACGGUGGAAGCUGAAUCUCGGGACAGCUCCAAUCAGGUAUGGAAGUGGACUCCCGUCUCCACCCCAUCUAGUACGGGGAUGGAAUCCAAAUUGAAAAGGGUUAAUGAGAAACUAGAAUUGAUUGCCAGAUAUAAAGAUGUCCUUGGCUUGAAUAACGAAGGAAGGUCGUCUGGACUCAAGCAAAGAUUACCAACAACUUCAUUGGUAGAUGAAACUCGUGUCUAUGGCAGGGUUCAUGAUAAAGAUAUGAUAAUCGAGCUGCUACUGAGGGAUACACCAACAAUUAUAGAUAAAAUUGGUGUAAUUCCUAUAGUUGGCAUGGGUGGUGUUGGUAAGACAACUCUUGCACAAGUUGUUUACAACGACCACAGAGUGGAGGAGCAUUUUAAUUUAAGGAUUUGGGUGAGCGUGUCUGAUCAAUUUGAUGUAUUGAGGCUGACAAAAACAAUUCUUAGGUCAGUCACUUUGGAAGAUACUGAUCUCGAUGACUUAAAUCUACUUCAAGUUAGUUUGAAAAAAAAAUUGGUUGGACGGAGAUUUUUGCUUGUUUUCGAUGAUGUUUGGAACAAGAGAAAUCAUGAUUGGGAUCUCUUAUGGAGUCCAUUGAAAGCUGGGGUAAGAGGAAGUAAAAUAUUAGUGACAACCCGGAAUAGGGAUGCUGCAUCAAGCCUGGGGACGGUUCCAGCUCAUCAUUUGAGAGGUUUAUCAUUUGACGAUUGCUGGUUAUUGUUCACAAGCCAUGCAUUUGAGGAUAGAAACAUUGCUGUCUAUCCAAAUUUGGAGGCAGUUGGGAGGAAGGUUGUGGAAAAGUGCGAAGGUUUGCCCUUAGCAGUAAAGAGACUGGGAAUUCUGUUGCGCUCUAGACAAGAAGACAACGAAUGGAAAGAUAUCUUAAAUAGGAAAAUAUGGGAUCUACCGGAUGAUGAAAGUGAUAUUCUUCAGAGUCUAAGGCUCAGCUAUCAUCACCUUCCUGCACAUUUGAAGCAAUGUUUUGCUUAUUGCUCGAUCUUCCCUGUGGGAUAUGAAUUUGAUAAGGACUCUCUAGUUCUGCUAUGGAUGGCAGAAGGAUUUGUGCAGCUACCUAAAGCGAAGAAAACGCUUGAAGAAGUGGGUGGCGAAUAUUUUCUUGAGCUAGUAUCAAGGUCAUUCUUUCAGGAAUCUAUUGUCAAUAAAUCACGAUUUGUAAUGCAUGGCCUCAUUAGAGAUUUAGCCGAUGUUGUUUCUGGUGAGUUUUGCUUCAGAUUGGGGGAUAAGUUAAAGAAUGGCAAUCAAAGCAGAAAUUUUGAGAGGGCUCGUCAUUCCUCAUACCUUCGGGGCAGGCGUGAUUUGCUCUCAAAAUUCGAGGCCUUCAAUGGAGUUGAACGGUUACGCACCUUCCUGCCAGUAGAUCCAACUGGCAUGAUUGGAGUAAGCUAUAUGGCUAAUAAUGUACCUGGUGAUCUCUUGCCCAAGUUAAGAUAUCUACGGGUGUUGUCAUUCAAUGCUUGCCGUAUCACUGAAUUGCCAGAUUCCAUAGGUGACUUGAAACUUCUACGCUACCUGGACCUAUCUCACACAGCCAUUCAGAGGUUACCCAACUCAACAGGUACUCUUUACAAUUUACAGACUUUGAUCCUGUGGCAAUGUAACUCACUCAAUGAGCUGCCUUCCAAGAUGGGGAACCUCACAAACUUACGACAUCUCCUUAUUAGUGGAAGCAGGUUAAAAGAGAUGCCUCAGAAAAUUUGUAGAUUGAAGAAUCUUCAGACAUUGUCCACUUAUAUGGUGGGUAAAGACGGUGGGUUAAAAAUUGGAGGCUUGAAGGGCAUGUUGCAACUUCAAGGAUCACUUCACAUUUCUGGACUGCAAAACGUUGUCAGUUUUGAUGAUACAGUCGAGGCUAAUUUGAAGGACAAGCAGGAACUCGAUCAAUUAAUAUUCCAAUGGAGUGACAGCUUCGACGAUUCAAUUACUGCUGUGGAUGAAAAGGAAGUAUCUGACAUGCCACAAGUUCUCAAAAUCCACAAAGAUCUCAGCACCAUAGGCUUUAGUGGUACAAGAUUUCCAAGCUUUAGGGAAGCCAUGAGAAGUUAUACGCAAGAAUCUGCUAAGCAAACAGUGGGAUGGAGCAACAGUUUGGAUGGUUCAAGAAAUGAAACAGUUGCAACAGAUGUUCUUGAGAUGUUGCAACCACACGAAAACAUCAAGCAAAUCAUAAUCAGGGACUAUGGAGGUACAAGAUUCCCAAGUUGGAUGGGAUCCCCUUUGUUCUCCAAUCUGAAUCUUCUAAAGAUUAGCAAUUGCAGAAAGUGUAGUUGUCUACCACCACUUGGGCAACUAACUUCUCUCAAAGACCUCGUGAUUGAAGGAAUGGAAGAAAUAAAGAGCAUAGGAACUGAGUUCUAUGGAGAUGGGCGUUCUUCUACUAUGCCUUUCCCAGCAUUGGAAACCCUAAAGUUUGACAGCAUGUUACAAUGGGAGGAAUGGUCUUAUUCUGGACUUGAAGGCAGGGCAGACUUCAAUAACCUUCAAAAGAUUGAAAUUUGCAACUGUCCUAAGCUUAGAAAAUUCUCACACCAUUUUCCUGCCUUGAAAAAAAUGAGUAUUAAGGAGUGUGAAGAACUGGAAACUCUUCCGAGGCUUCUUGCAGUUGAUGAUAGCUUAGAACAAGGCAGAGAAUUCCCAUGCCUCGUUGAGCUUUCUAUAUGGACAUGUCCCAACCUGAGGGAACUGCCUCGUCUCUUUCCUUCAUUGACAAUACUUGAAAUAAAUGGAUGCCAAGUAUUGGAAAAACUUCCAAGGCUUCCUUCAAUCCGUGAAUUAGAAGUAAACAAGAUUGAUGAGGAGCUGUUGCAGAGUAUGGUUAAGCUCCCUUCACUCAGCUACUUGCGUAUGUGUGAAAUUUCCAGGCUCACAUGUUUGCUUGAAGGGUUUCUUCAGAAGUUAACAUCGCUGGAAGAAUUGCAGAUUGCCCAUCUUGGUGAGAUCACUUCUUUGUCGAGUGAAAUUGGAUUUCAAAAUCUCCAACGCCUCCAACGACUGGAGAUUUCAGGAUGUCCAUUCUUGGAGCAGUUGCCACCAAGUUUACAUGAACUCUCCUCUCUUAAGGAGUUGAGGGUCUUAAAAUGCCCCUUGCUUGUCUCCUUUCCUUCGACGGGCUUGCCUUCCAUGCUUAUUGGCCUUUGAUAU